ACUUUACAUGCUUCUUGAAGCUCAAACGGUUGACUGCAAUUUUAGCUUACUCUUAAAAUGGAAGACAAAAUGCAUAGUGCUGAUAACAUAGAGAAAGACUUUGUUCCAACUGAAUUGAUUAAAAAUUCAGUUUAUUGUCCUUCCAAAAGGCAUCCUGGUGAACCUAUCCUGAAACUACAUGUGGUUCUUAUCCUAUGUCUGACAUUCACGGUGUGUGUACUGGUUACUUUUUUCGUAACUAGAGCUAUCUUCCACCAAAACCCAUCAGAAUGUCUUGUACCUGCAUGCCCAGAAUACUGGAUUGGUUUCCAAAGAAAGUGUUUCUACUUUUCUGAUGACACCAAGAACUGGACAUUCAGCCAGAGAUUUUGUAACUCACAAGGUGCUGACCUUGUUCAGGUUGAAACUCUCCAGGAACUGGAUUUCCUCUUAAGGUAUAAAGGCCCUUACGACCACUGGAUUGGGCUGAGCAGAGAAGAAGGACAGCUGUGGAAAUGGAUAAAUGGCACUGAAUGGAACAGUUCUUUUCCUAUUAAAGGAGGAGGCGAAUGUGCCUAUUUGAAUGACAAAGGGGCCAGCAGCGCCAGGCACUACUCGGAGAGGAAGUGGAUUUGUUCAAAGCCAGACAUGUACAUCCAGAUGAGGAGACAAAGCCCUAAAUGACCUUCAGAUGUAUAUUUGUAGGUGCUUAAUAAAUUAGUCUCUAUACAGAUAAACAAACUGAAGAUGAUGCUUUUGGUAAUGGGGUGAAGCCAAGACACUGCUUAGGGUCACCUUUUAAAUCUUUCUCUAAUGUAAUUACUUUGCUUGAAAUUCAGUGCUUUCAUUUUCUUCAGUUUUCCAGUAGUAGAAUCCUGUCUGUUUAAAGUCUGUUCUUGUGGUUACUGUUUUCACUGACUAACUUGGUUCUCACCUAUUGGCACACAAGGUUAAAAAGAUGGGUGUGUGGUAAGGUCUACUGAGCUCCCUUCUCCUUGAGCCAUCUGUGUGGACUUCCUGAAGUCUGUUGCUAUGCAAGGCCUCAGCUGAGGCUUCCUUCUCCUUCCGUUGCUUCUCCAUCCAGAGAAAGUGCUGUGAUUCACUGCAGUGAAUUUGGCUUAUGUUCCCCAGUAUGUGCUGAACUGGGGAGAUCCAUAAGUGUGGGAGAGGGUUACUUUUUGUGUCAACCAGGCUGGGCCAAAUAUAUCUGAGUCAAAUAUAUUUGGUCAAAUACUCUUCCUGAUAAUUUUGUAAGGAUGUUUUUUAGAUGAGAUUUAAAUUCAGUGGACUUUGAGUAAAGCAGAUUGCCUUCCCUAAUGUGGGUGGGCCUCAUCCAAUCAGUUGAAGGCUUUAAUAAAACAAAGACUGACUUCUUCCAAAUAAGAAGGAAUCCUGGCAGCAGACAGCCUUCAAACUUGAACUAAAAUGUUAACUCUUCCUUGAGUCUUCAGCCUGACAACCUUUGGACUUUGACUCUUCCCUGAGUUUUCAGUCUGCUGGCCUUCCUUGCAGAUUUUGGAUUUAACAGCCUCCAUAAUCACAUGAGCCAAUUCUUCAAAGUAAAUCUCUCUCUCUUUCUCUCAAUGUGUUUCUAUUUAGCUCUUUUCCUUUGGAGAACCCUGACUGACAUAGAGAAUUAACUUCCUCCAGAGCAAACUUUGACUAAAGAGGACAGGAUACAGGGAGAAAAUACGAUGCAUUCCCUAGCUCCUCUGCCUCCUUGGCUGGACAAUUUGGAAGCACAGGUGUUUGACAGAGGCUCUCUGAAGGCAUCUGGCAUAACCUGGCAUGAACGAUCUGCCCAGCUUUUUCUAAAGACAUAAUUUUAGACAUCUUUUAAAAUUUAUCUACUUAUUUGUAAAAUUUAUUCAUUUUCAUUAAAGAUUUAAAAUUACAAAAACCAUGAUCUUCAAUAAGAAUGCUGCUACAUAAAAAGUGAUAUGGCCAUAUAGUGAAAUAAUACACAGUAAUAAACUAAAGCUAUAAUACUGUCAUGAAAGGAGCGAUGAGACAUUGAGAAACUUGCUGGAUCAUACAGUAGUUCUAUUUUAAAUUCUUUGAGGAACUUCCAUACUGUUUUCCAUAGAAGCUGUACCAGUUUACAUUUUUACCAACAGUGGACAAGGGUUCCUUUCUCUACACAUUCUUGCCAACACCUGUCUCUUAUCUUUUUGAUGGCAGCCAGUCUAACAGGUAUGAGAUUUUAAUUUUUUUCUCUGAUGAUUGUAGAGCAUCUUUUCAUGUACCUGUUGGCCAUCUGUGUACCUUCUUUAAUAAAAAGCCUAUUAAAUUUC